AAGAAUAGCAACACUUUUCGUCCAAAGAAAUCUCACGGAGGAAAGAGAAAGGAAUUACACAAAGCAGCUAAAGCUACUCUUGGAAGUGGUGAUUUGAGCCAAGCAGUUAAACUCCCACAAGGUGAAGAAUUGAACGAAUGGUUGGCUGUUGAUUUCUUCAAUACAACCAAUUUAUUGUACGGAAGUAUUUCUGAAUUCUGUACUGCUUCUUCAUGCCCUGUCAUGUGUGCUGGUGCUGAAUAUGAAUAUUUGUGGAUGAAUCCUGAAGAUAACAUUACCAAGCCAAUUCGUGUCAGUGCUCCACAAUAUAUGGAAUUUUUGAUGGGUUGGAUUGAAUCCAGGGUUAACAAUGAACAAUUGUUCCCACCUUCUCCAGAUGUUCCUUUCCCAACAAACUUUAAAUCUGAAGUCAAGCAAAUCUUUAAACGAUUGUUCAGAGUUUAUGCUCACAUUUAUCACUCUCACUUUGAAGAAGUUAAGAAAUUGGGUGAAGAAGCUCACUUGAAUACUGCUUUUAAACAUUUCUGUUUAUUUGUCUUUGAAUUUGACCUUGUUUCAAAGAAGGAAGUCGAACCAAUGGGUAUGUAA